GAGCGCUACCGCAAUUAUAAGGAAGAAGAAGAAAACAGCUGUUAGCUUACAUGCUGAGUUAUAUUUAAGUCCGUCAACGUUAGAAAGUCAUUUAACGAUUUGUUGUUUUAAGGCGUCGACUACGCGUUAGUCUUAUCAAGAGCUGAUGGUUGGGAGUCGGCCUGCUACAUUUCUCUCCCUCCUUAGUGGCUAACCACAAAUAGAGGAAGCAAUGAAUUUCCAGGGCAGUCGGAGGCGAGGCGAAGAUGGCAUCACCAUGGCGAUUGACUUCCUGCUGUCUAAUGCCCGCCUGGUUCUGGGAGUUGGUGGGGCUGCCAUGCUUGGAAUUGCAACACUUGUCGUGAAACGACUGAUAGAGCGUGCCGGCCGUGCUGCCGAUGAUGAAAAGGUGGAGCAGAAGAUGGCUGAGAGCUGGGAGGAGUUGAGUUUAGUGUCUUCGUCGCCAACACUGAUCAAGAAGGGCAUAAAAGGUGUGGUGAUGAAACAUGUCGCCAAGGCAACAAGACAGCAGAAAGCUGACCUGUGCCAACAACAUCAGACAUUGCCUCUGGAGGUUCAGCCUAAACCUGAAUCAAAGUCCAAGAGGCUCCAGCUGUGUGUCCUAAGCCUGCAGGAACGGCUGCAGCAGUACUAUCAUACCAGGGCAGCUCUAGCUCCACAUGAGGUUCAGAGGGCUCAGUCUUUGGCUCUAGACAUCUGCACUGAGAUCCAAGGCUUUUUACACAGUCGUCAUCCUGACAUGCCACUAGGAGAAAUGAGCCUCGGAGGUUCCCUUCUAGAUGACCUUCAGGUGGUCAGUGCAGACCAUGCAUGUCUGCUGGUGCCCCUACAGCUGGAAGCCUCUCUGUGGCGUCUCAUUCCAGGAGAGGAAACACUGCUCACACACCCGCUGCACUGGAUGGUCCGACGGGUCAAUUUGGAAUAUUUUCCCAGAGGACGCAGUUACUGGGACAGGUACCUGGUUGGUGGUUACCUGUCUGCAGAAUCUGUUAUGAACAUGUUUAGUAAAGCUGUCAUGGAAACUAUUAACUGGCCCUCCAUCAGCAGCACUCUGGACUGUCAAGUCAGACCUGUACUGGGGGGACCAGACCUGAGAGUGGAAAUAAGACCUGGAAGUGAAGGGGCAGAUAGCACUGACCCGCCCCUCUUCAUCUCCAUGUUGCCUCUGCUGAGGGAGGAAGAUGUGGCUCUGACCUGCCAACCUGAGCUCACCUCUCCCUGGGUCAAUGCCUGGCACCUGUCCCUUUACCCGUGGGAGACCCAGCGACUGACUCAGCUUGACAGUGCUGACGAUGGAUGCCGGAGACACACUCUUAAAAUCCUCAAAGCGGUGUGCAAACUGAACCCUGCACUGCGAGCGCUCGAGGCGGCCCCCCUGGCAAACCUAAUCCUGCACCUUAGUGACAGUGAGAGCGACUGGUCCGAGGUCAGCCUCGAUGUGAGGUUCCAGCAAUGUGUCACAGAGCUUAUUGGCUACCUGGAGCAAGGGGCGCUACACAGUUACUUCAAGCCAGCUGUCAAUCUGCUGAGCAGCUUGUCAGAGGACCAGGUGGAUCAGAUAGGCUUCAUGCUCUACUGCGCUGUGUCAGAGCCGGAAAUAUUGCUAAUAUAACAAAUAUCAGACAAACAUAGACAAUGAUGUAGUUCUCUGUAAGAAGACUUCUCUCCUUUCUUAGCUUCUCCAUUCUGCUUAGAUACAAGGAAACACAGCACAGCAGGAAUGACAAUACAACAGACACCUGAUGUCUACACUGAUGGAGGAGAAGCGAGGAGAAGUCUGCACGAGUGAAAGUGAUGAUGGAGUUAAGCUAAUCACUUUGAGAUGAGAAGUGCCAUGUAAAGGAGCUGAGGAAGUGUUUAUCUUGAACAAUGUGCCUAAUCACAACUCUUCUCAAACUAAAGACAAGUUUGCUUUUAAGUGUCUGUGAUGUUUUUUAUUGCAGGUUGUCAGUGCAAAAAUGAAUAAUUAGUCAGUCUCUCCGUCAACAGCAGGAAAGACGUAGAGAUUUUUUGCUCUUGUGCAAUUUUUCUUUCUGUCCUAUAAUUUAUAGUGUUUGCUCUGCAUAAAUCUACUUUAAUAUAUUCUAACUAUGUGAAAUAUAUAUUUUCCUGCUGAAAAUGACCAGAUUUAGCUGCACUCAAAUAACAUCUCAGUCUGACUAGGUUUUAUUAAACUCAGCGUGUACAUUUUCUCACAGUGGAGGUCGAUGUUCAGCAGUAUUUUGUUCAUAUUGUUAAGUGUUCUGUCACCUGGGUUAACUUACUCUAAAUAAUGGUUGAAAAAUGCCUAAUCAUUUUAAGCACUUGCUUUUAAAACAGUAUGAAUGUUGUGGGUAUUUCUUUGGGUUGUGUUUUCUUGAGUCUUGAGUGAAAGAAUUUGGGUUUUCUGAGUGAACAGUGAAACGACAAAUAAAAAUGAAAGCAGUUGUCUAGAUUCUCA